GCUGCUUUCUUAGUAACAAUAUUCUUAUGCUAUCUGGCUAUCGAGAAGAAGAAUGGUUAAAAAAAAGGGAAGAUAAACAAACAAUUUCUCUCCCUUCCCCUAAUCUAAUGGAAAACUUUCCCGAAUCUAAAGGAACUAGCCGUAAGAUAAGAUAAAGAGGUGGUCGAAUACGGCCACUCAUCCGCUUCCUAGCCGUAACAGAUGGAAUUGGAAUCUCACUUAAUGAAAGAUGCACUAUGCUUCAUUCAAUUGGACAGCUUUGCCCGUCUCUGGACUGUACUCUUUCAGAUUCGGCAAUGGAUCUUUUUUUUUACCCUUCUGGGGACUAGUCUAAUUCUUAAUUAGCAAUCUAAUCUUGAAUAAUAUCAAGCAGUGUUCCACAAUAGCCUGUGCCGUGACCCAUCCUCCUGUGACACUGACAGUAGCAGGAAUUGUUUUCAGCACCUGGAAAAGGUUUUUAAUCGGAGUCAGGCAACUCGAGAGCUCCAAAGGACAUAAGAACUUCAAACAACUUUUCAGUGUGAACGAGAUAGAAAUUGUACUUCUUUUGCUCUUUAUGUUCUUUGCCCUUAUUCUUCAUCUACUGUGGUUGUGGUACAAACUUUUUUGAAACGUCUGUCACGACUUAGUUUGAGCGGAAUGAGAUAGCUUUCACCUCUUUCUCCAAUAUCCAUAAAUUCUGAAGCUCGUUCUAUUAACUACGCAAAUGUCGUUAUCCCGACAGGAGCAAGAGGAAUUCGAAAUUCAUAAUGCAAUCAAAUAGAGACUUGUUUUUUGGGAAUAGGCUCCGAACAUUGCAUCGCCAAGAGUCUGAAUCGAGCAAUGAACUCCUGGGCUUUCUCUGUCGGUUCCUGGAUGCAUUUCCUCAAGUCGUCAGUAGUGACUGACUUCUUUCUUUGGAAGGUCGGAAUCCGCCUGAAUAAAUCGCACAUAUGCUCCCAGGACUUCACGGAAUUAGGAGGCACAGAGGUAGGUAUACCAAGAGAAAGCUAUGUGGGUAAGCGACGAGGGUUAAACCUAAAUAACAAGUUUUAGUUUCCAGAAGUAUCUCCACGCUGAGCGAUGAACCUCGCCAAAUGCUCUUUUGGUCCAUCUUUUAGGUUCAAUUUGGGCAAUAUGUAUCCCGUGGCUCGUAGUCAAUCUCUGGAGGAUAUGGAGGAUCAUAGGCUAGGUAACCUUUUCACUAUUCAUUUAUAAAGGUACCUUCAAGUAACCAGGUCUCUUCAUCCUUAUUGGGCACUCCCACAAGAGACAAUUCUUUUUAGCCUCUAAGAGACAACAAGAAGAGCCUAACCAGGACCUUGAGAUAACAGCCCAUAGGGUAGCCCCUACAGAGCAAAAAUCUAAGGCCGGAAUACCGGAGUUCUUUCUUUGCUUCCAAGAACAUAGAUUCCUUCUUCAACCCAGGUCAUGACCGAGGGCGGGUAUCUCACUCGCAUAUCUAGAGCCCAGCAUCUCUCCUGAACGACACCUUCCGCAGACUCUACUGGUGGUAUUUCCCGAGGCGAGGGGUGCAUCCAUAUCGGUCAGGAAACGACAAUGACUCUUCUUCUUCCGGGUCCGGGAAGCUAUGGGCACCUCACAAUUCUUAGACGACAUUAGUGGAAGCGAACAUUCGUAGCAUUCAUUGUCACCGAUCAUUGAAAAAAGAAGCCGUACGAGGUUUAGAUUUGGCGGCUAUAGACUCAAAGGGCACAGACAGGCUGCUGGUACAGUUUUUUUAGCUAACUAAAGUCCAACUUCCUUUGCCGAAAGAGGAUGAAACGGAUCAGCCGAUUCAACUUAGCAUUACCCGACUCGUAACUUCAAGCACAACCAUCCAUCUCAAUCCAAAAUCUCCGAUCGUCUGUGAUCCCUCCUCCGGUUUUGGAUAUAUAGACAGUGCCUGCUCUCAAACCAACCAAGACAGCAGCAAGUUCCUAUCGAGAACAAGACGACAGAUCAAUAUGACCAAUUUAUCUAAGGUGAAUACGUGAAAAAGUGUUGCUUAGCUCAGUGAAAUGGAAUAAGGAAGAGAAAGUGUAGUGUGAUAAGGGAAGAAUUUUUAGGUUUUCAAGCAGAUAGAUAUACAAACAAGAAGAAUUCACAUCAGAACCCUUUCCUGCUUCCCUUUUUUACCCAUCGGACUCACAUUUUGAUCUCCUACGCUUGCUUUCACAGUCCCCCUACGAGCAGCCCGGAAUCAAUGAAGGAGUUCAUUCAGCACCGAGCCGAGCGAGCGUAGAUUCAAUAUGUUGAUUGUACCGAACGAAGGAUUUGCCUUAUCACGAAAGCCACAUUCGUUUCGUUUGAGGAAGUCACACGUCCUGUUCCCUAUAAAUAAGGAGAUUCAUUCUUUUUUUCAGAAAUCCCCUCUUCUUCCUCCUCAAGCCCCUAUCACAAGACCAAGCGGAUCUCAUCCUGCAGAAGACUCAGAGCGGAUCUAUCUAAUGGCAUGGCUGGCUGUCGGAUGUGAUCUAUUCUCGUGUCACAUCGCUUUCUUUCUUCUCCCUCCAUUUUCUUCACUACUACCGCUCCUACACAUAAAUCAAAGAAGCAUUGUGGAAUAGUGGCAUUUCGUUAAUGGCGAAAAUUUUCUUAGUGAAAGGGUUGCCUGCGGCAAACUCAGAGCGGUCUCUGAAAGUGAAUAGGAGCAUAGCGGUAUCAUCCAAGCCAAACACGUCUCCUCAGUCAAGGGUCUUCUCGCGCAAAGAAGAUCAAAAACAUAACAACUGAUUUCGCUUAAUGCAUGUCACCCACCCGCUCUCAAUACAGCAAGUGACUCUCUCUCACAAGACAGAGAAAGAUUACCGAUUCACCCAAUUUGAUCAGAAGUGAGUUCAUUGUUGUUGUAUAGCGAAACCUUUCCUUGACAAAACCAUUCUCAGCUAAUAGAAGCCGAGCUAUCUAUCGGUUGAACGAAGCGAAUGGAAAAGCCAAAGAAAACAGAAAUCCAUUGCGAUUAGAAACCUGUGACUCUACAGCCAGGGCUCGAUGGCGAUGUAAGAUAGAAAGAAUGGGGAGUUAGGGCUUCGGUUUCCUCUGUGGCCAGUUCCAAUUCCAAAUCAUUUGCCGACAUGCGGACUCACUUCUCUUUUAUGGGAUGAAAGCCCUUGUCUAUUUACGUGGGUGAAUCAAGUACAACAAGUCAGGUCAGAGCUUGUGGUAGAAGAUUGGGCUCUGCUACGCAGAUCCACUCAACUAGGAAAGAAGUACGCAUUGCUGACUGACUGUUUGAACGAUCCUAGUUACUAGUAAGUAGCUAAUCAAGUCAGAGUAGGGUGGCCGAGAAGCUUCUUGCCGGUGCCCCCCAAAGCAAAGCACAGACUCUACUCACCCACGCGUUUUCCACCUACGGAGGGAGAAAUCAUCGAAAUAUCCUCAUCCCCUGAAAGGGAACCCGAAAACAGGACGAGAGUGGAUAGGGUGACUAAGGAGGUAGUCAAAAUUAGUAGUGAAUUUUGGAAAGAGAAGAUUACAAAAAGGCGAGAGCAGCAUAAUCGUUAGUUAGGGGUAAGAGGGGACGGGCCCGUAUAGAAAGUAAAUCCUUCUUUUUCCGAUAUGCCGCUCCGCAAGCAAGGAGUGCCACGCACGAGCGGAGCGAAAACUAAGCAAGGGGAAUUCCGGCAUUCCAUGGAAAGCAUGCGAAAUCCUUUGAUUGUUUAUAGAAUCAAAAUCACUAUAUAGUCUUUCUUGUUCCACUUGCAAGGCAAGGAAAAAUAAAAUGUCAGUUUCGUUAUUACAACCUUAUUUUUUUAUGUCAAAGACAAAAAGCUACGCGCAAAUUCUCAUUGGAUCUCGGUUGUUCUUAACAGCGAUGGCUAUUCAUUUAAGUCUUCGGGUAGCACCACCAGAUCUUCAACAAGGUGGAAAUUCUCGUAUUUCGUAUGUACAUGUUCCUGCGGCUCGGAUGAGUAUAGUUAUUUAUAUCGCGACAGCUAUAAACAGUUCCUUGUUCCCAUUAACAAAACAUCCCCUUUUUCUUCGCUCUUCCGGAACCGGUACAGAAAUUGGUGCUUUUUCUACUUUGUUUACGUUAGUGACUGGGGGGUUUCGGGGAAGGCCUAUGUGGGGUACCUUUCGGGUGUGGGAUGCUCGUUUAACUUCUGUAUUCAUCUUGUUCCUUAUUUACCUGGGUGCACUGCGUUUUCAAAAGCUUCCUGUCGAACCGGCUCCUAUUUCAAUCCGUGCUGGACCGAUCGAUAUACCAAUAAUAAAGUCUCCAGUCAACUGGUGGAAUACAUCGCAUCAACCUGGGAGCAUUAGCCGAUCUGGUACAUCAAUACAUGUUCCUAUGCCCAUUCCAAUCUUGUCUAACUUUGCUAACUUCCCCUUCUCUACCCGUAUCUUGUUCGUUCUGGAAACACGUCUUCCUAUUCCAUCUUUUCCCGAAUCUCCCUUAACGGAAGAAAUAGAAGCUCGAGAAGUAAUACCACUAAAAACCUAGUUCGCUCUCAAAUAAAAACCUAGUUCACUCGCUAAAGCAUCCAUGGCUGAAUGGUGAAAGCGCCCACCAACCUAGAAAGGCUAAAUGGGUAAAAAAGUAGGUUCGAUUCCUGCCGGAUGCACUGCCUCUUAAAGACAGAAACAGAGGAGGGAAAGAAGGUAGUAUAGGGAACUUGCUUUUGGAUUCUUAUCGAAAGUGAAUCCCUCUAACACUUCAGUUAGUGUUUUAUGAUAAAAUCUUUGACACAACAAGUGUUAAAAUCUUAGUCACUAGGCAAGAAUGGAAAGAGCUUCUUUACCUGCUUGAGAGGGGAGUCAAACAGAGUCUGAGGAAGCAUAGCUAUAGCAACGUAGUGUUUGAGAAAAGUGUGCCUGGAGUAAUAGGCCUGAGAGCUACCCGCGCAACUUUAAGAGUUAACUUCUAGAAUAACCGGGAAAUUUAUUUUAGUAUAACUCUAAUUCUAAUUGUGGGUGGUUCGUUACUUUUUAAGUGGUAAGCAAGUGAUCCUCACAAUUCGUUUUACCUGACUCUACUCUAAUUGUAAGAUAACUAGAAAUAGGAGAUGAGAAAGUCGAGUAGCAGCACUGAUGGGAACAUUUUUUGAAACUAGAAUGGUUGAUAAUAGGAGACUCGCGUUGUAGGUAAGGCUUUUCAAAAGCCUCGACUUGGCUAACGCCCUUUGGUUUUUAGGAUCAAUUUGCCCGUGCUUGCUGGUGUCAGGGUUGCAGAUAAGUUGUUUCGGUGCCAUUUCCUUUGUUAUGAAUGAAAUUUUGGAGCUCAGUUGAUACCGAAUUUGAAGAUAAGCCCUUCCCUCUCGUGAACACCUUCGUUUAGUAGAUCGGUACGGUUCCAUUCAGAAGAAACUAUUAUACGUGGUCCCGUGGAGUACGAAUAAGGCUUUAAAGUCUUCCUUCAUAUUGUUUGCUAGCUUCCUUCUCCUUGUUUCCUGCCUUUCAUUCUUUAUGAAAUUCUUAUUUAUUUUCUUUGCUGACUGACGUUACACCAAGAAUUUAUUUAAUAGCGUAUAUAUAGCCUGGGCAUCGAUACCAGCCUUCCGUUCGCAUGAUAUUAAGAAAGUGCCUACUACUCAAUUUCAAUUCAAUUUCGCAUUGGCAAAUCCUUCCACUUGCUAUCUAAUGUAGUAUAUGAAGCCUUUCUUUUCUAUUUCUUCUAUUGGCUUGGCUGGUCUGGGGGAUGCGGAUCACGCGAAGAUCUAUAGUGUUUAAGUACAUCUUUCUCUUCCUGCAAGCUACUGAGAUAUGCCUCAGCUGCAGGUGCUUUGUAUCUCUGGUCAAGAGUUGGCAAGGGAUACCAAUGUUGUCGACCACCUACUUUUGAGCAUAGCUUUUACCAUAUUCCUCCCUCGAUUCGCCAUUCAUUCCUUCACAGCUGAGUCAAUAGCUGUGUCACUGACUGAAUGUAGUUCUUUUUUUUAAAGAACGAGGCCGCUAAGGUCAAGGGACCUGAUCCAGAACAUUGAAUCCAACCAUCAGCAUUCGCAAGAAAGAGAAAGAACUCGGUUCAAAGAAUCGCUUCGGUCUAAAAACGAGUCUUCCGAGAUCAUGUCUAUGCGAAGAGCUUGAACCAAGCGUUCACACGCAUACGCCCUCGCCCCUCAGAAGAUUGGAAAGAAUCCAUCAGCGAGGAAAUAGAGUUGUAGCAGCAGUGUCUCCACUAUUUAUUUAUAAAAGUCCCACCCAAGUAAAAGAGUCCGAAGAAAGGCCUUAUAGGAAAGCGUUACCAGGGAUUAGAGUUAGACCACUUAGUAGCACCUUCAGGCUUAUCCAUCCACGCAUGGAAGAUUUAUAGAUCGACGUUCCGGAAUGGUAGAAAACAAAUCAAUUCUAAGUUCUUCUCGCUCCAUUCAUCCACUCGCUGGGAAGGCUAUUUUGAUGCCUCACACAGGCAACUCCGCUAGGCGGCUAAGCAGAUAAGACGGGAUUUCACGUUGAGAACGAAUGUAGAUUCCUAUCAUCAAGAAAGUCGGCUACAUCAAUGAAUUACUUUCCCCUAACAUUGCUAUUCUUAACAACCUAAAUCAAAAAACCUCCUUUAAAGAGCAGAAGAAUCCUUCUUAGAUAAAGCAGCCUGAAGAUAAAUAAGAGCAACUCCUUCAAAGAAAAUGAGAAGGGCCUCUUGAAAUGCCUAUAUAUAAAAGAAGGAAACGUUGUAACUACUUACAAGAAUUAGCUGCGUAUGCAGGUGCAUGCAAUAGUCUUUUAGUAAGGAAGAACGACGGGAUUCCUUGGAAAGCUGGUAGUUCAUUUCACUCUGUAUCGAAAGUCCCAGUAUAUUAUAUAUCUGUGUACAUCCAUCAACAAAUCUAACAUUUCUUAUCUUACAUUGAAAUCGAUAAAGACUAAUAAGAUGCAAAACCAGCAUAACUUGUUCUUUGCGAGUACUGUGGGUAGACCGAGGGAUCGAUCGGCAUUUCACUAACCUUUAGAAUUAAUCAAACGUAUGGCUAACCGAUUCCUAGGUCAUAAUUUAAAGCUUCACUUUUCUAUAGCCUUCUAAUUCUAUCGGGCUAACCUAUAGAAGGUUUAUAAAAAAGGUACGGUGCAAUCAGUAAACCUCUUACUGACCGGGCAGGGCAGACCAGAUGAGCGAGAUUGAUUGAAAGCGCUGUGCCAACUUGCUUACAAGAUUUUGAGACUUUAGUUUAGUUUAGUUUAGUUUAGUAUAGUAAAUCCUCUUCAUAAGUUAUUUCGUACAGGCUAUUCAAGGUCUAUUGGCUUUAUUGCUUAUGUGGUACUUCGACCGCGAAGCCCCGCUUAUGCACCGAGAAAGAUCGUAGAUAGGAAAGAUCUGUUAUGCACCAACGACGGCCCGCCCCUUCUCUUUACCUUUAUCGUCUCAUACCUCAGUCCAUUGCUGGCUUGAAUGCUGUCUCUCUUCUUCUUUGCUCGCGAGAGUUAAUAAGAGGACGACCCACCGGGGGGAGGAUGGAAUGAGUCGGCAAGGGGAUCAACAAUCUUCUUUCAGUAAAGGCCCACACAUUCUCCUUAAUAUUGGGUGGGAUAAAAGGACUCUGAAGAAGGAAACUCUCUUCCCGUCUUGCGUAACUGACCACUGCAAAUCAAGUCGAAAGUGCUUAUAUGCUUAACACGUUUUUGUCUCAAUGACAGGCCGCUCGAACAUUGUCUGAUUUUUUUUUGAAGAGACUCGAUCUUAUGUAUCUACUUAUUGUCUUUUUGCCUUUGCUCGGUAGUUCCGUAGCCGGUUUUUUCGGACGUUUUCUAGGAUCUGAAGGAACCGCUAUAAUGACCACCACGUGCGUUUCAUUUUCUUCGAUCUUAUCUUUGAUUGCUUUUUAUGAAGUCGCACUGGGAGCUAGUGCUUGCUAUCUCAGAAUAGCUCCAUGGAUCUCAUCGGAAAUGUUUGAUGCUUCUUGGGGCUUCUUGUUCGAUAGCCUGACCGUAGUGAUGUUAAUUGUGGUUACAUUCAUAAGUAGCUUGGUCCAUCUUUAUUCCAUUUCAUAUAUGUCUGAGGAUCCGCAUAGCCCUCGAUUUAUGUGUUAUUUAUCCAUUUUUACUUUUUUUAUGCUAAUGUUGGUGACUGGAGAUAACUUUCUUCAAUUAUUCCUGGGAUGGGAGGGAGUAGGUCUUGCUUCAUAUUUGUUAAUUCAUUUCUGGUUUACACGACUUCAGGCGGAUAAAGCAGCUAUAAAAGCUAUGCUUGUCAAUCGAGUAGGUGAUUUUGGAUUAGCUCUUGGGAUUUUUGGUUGUUUUACUCUCUUUCAAACAGUAGACUUUUCAACCAUUUUUGCUUGUGCUAGUGCUCCCAGAAAUGAAUGGAUUUUUUGCAAUAUGAGAUUUAAUGCCAUAACUCUGAUUUGUAUUUUACUUUUUAUUGGUGCAGUUGGGAAAUCUGCACAGAUAGGAUUGCAUACUUGGUUACCCGAUGCAAUGGAGGGUCCCACUCCAGUAUCUGCUUUGAUUCAUGCAGCUACUAUGGUCACUGCUGGCGUUUUCAUGAUAGCAAGGUGCUCCCCUUUAUUUGAAUACUCACCUACGGCUUUGAUUGUUAUUACUUUUGCGGGAGCUAUGACGUCAUUCCUUGCGGCAACCACUGGAAUAUUACAGAACGAUCUAAAGAGGGUCAUAGCUUAUUCAACUUGCAGUAAAUUAGGCUAUAUGAUCUUUGCUUGCGGCAUCUCUAACUAUUCGGUUAGCGUCUUUCACUUAAUGAAUCACGCGUUUUUCAAAGCAUUACUCUUCCUGAGUGCGGGUUCGGUGAUUCAUGCCAUGUCGGAUGAGCAAGAUAUGCGGAAGAUGGGGGGGCUUGCCUCCUCCUUUCCUUUGACCUAUGCCAUGAUGCUCAUGGGCAGCUUAUCUCUUAUUGGAUUUCCUUUUCUAACUGGAUUUUAUUCCAAAGAUGUGAUCUUAGAGCUCGCUUACACAAAGUAUACCAUCAGUGGGAACUUUGCUUUCUGGUUGGGAAGUGUCUCUGUCCUUUUCACUUCUUAUUACUCCUUUCGUUUACUAUUUCUAACAUUUCUAGUACCAACUAAUUCAUUCGGGCGAGACAGAUUACGAUGUCAUGAUGCGCCCAUUCCUAUGGCCAUUCCUUUAAUACUUUUGGCUCUCGGGAGUCUCUUUGUAGGAUACUUGGCCAAAGUGUGACCUGUUAGCCCAUAAGUAAGUACUGUGACGAAGCGGCUGUUGCUCACCCGAUACGAUCGUACGAGGUCACAAUUUACCCAACACGAUCAUCCGGGGUGAACAAGAAUUGGGGAUCGGAUGCGGGCGAAAUUCCCGCCAAUGGCUGAGAUGUUCAGUCGACUCCCUCCCCCUUUGUGAGGGUCUGGACCCCUACGAGUGAGCAGAAAAGGGAGGAGGAAAGAGGCCCUGGUGAACCGUCAUAAUAAGUGAACAAGUGUAAGCUUUGCUGCCCGACAGUAUGGAGUACUGACCACACCGAGGGACAGGCCCUGAAGCGAAGGACAGGAACGAGCGGAAUCAAUGUGUUCCAAUUUCUGGCCUUGCACCGACCAUCCAACGGACCAUGGACUAAACGGCCACUGCCUGAAAGGACUAUGCUAUGUCCAGGGGACCGCCGCCCUCCACAAGGUACAUCUUGCGCCUAUGGGCCGCUAUAACUAUCCAAGAAGACACUCGAAAAAGGAUGGAUAAACAAACCUACCCGGUGGACUGCCGAGCUACAAGUCCUACGACACAGGAGCGGGAUUCUCUAAAAAGCCAAGGUCGUGGGUGGCCAAGAGGGCCCACUUGGAGACUUGGGAUCUCAGCAGGAAAUGUGAAGGUUGCUUAAAGCCGGCCGAUAGGCGAAAGAGAAUCCAAAAGUUUUGUUCUGAUCUGAGUAGGCUCAACAUAGGGAAUACCCUAACCC